AUGUGCGACGCCGCGCGGCACGUCCUCAAGUCGUUGCGCCCAAAAUGUGUGAUGGGCGGAGCUUUAAACGGGGCUAGCUUCCUUCAAUAUACCCAGGGCGUCUUCAAGGAGAUGGAGUCGAAGAAUCGCUGCAAAAUUGGCAGUUUCUAUACGGCAUUCAAGCAGCUAUCGCUGGAAACAGCACGCAAUGCCGGAUUGGAGCUGUUCCGCGACCUGUGGAACAAGGAAUCAACCUUCGAGAUCCUAAAGCCAGAAGAAUUCCGUGCGCGCUCGCAGCUGAUUUGGAAGCAGGCACUCCAGGCUUACCAAGCGGUUCGGCGCCACGGCACACAGAAGGAGCUGGCCGACGCGCUCGGCAAGUUCGAGGCGGAGCUCCAGGAAAAAGUGCAAGCCAAGUGGGAGCUGAACGCGGAGAAGCACAAGGCAAAAUAUCUCACCGGAGCUAUCCAUUCGGCACUUCGGGUGUAUAAUAAGGCUAUUCAGCCUGAAAUGACGGAUUGCCUGAGAAAGGAAGUGAUGACGAUCAACGAUGUGCAGGAUUCGCAUCGACGAGCCAUGAAAGAGGCCCUGAACUCUUUCCAAGAAUCCUGCUCGGAAUACUGCGCGACUGACUACGACACCGUCCUUGAGAAGAAAGCACAACUCGUCGAGCUACUCGAGGAUCGCCUCAACGAUGCCCUCCAUCAGAAUACCCAGGAAUGGAUUAAGACAAAGGGAGAAGAACUUGUCGAAAGGCGCCUCGUGGACUUUGAUGAACUUCUUAAACUUGUGGCGCCACAAAUCUUGACCGAAGACGAGGCAGAGAGUGCCAUGAAGGAUGCGAAAGAGACUCUUGAGACGACGUGGGAGUUGGCGAAGACCGAACUGCUUGAAGAGCUCGCCAACGAACAGCCUAAUCUUCCGGUGGAGGCGUUUGAGAAGUACCUGGACAGCCUCUACUCCGGUAGCUUGGCCAGAGGAUUGAAGGCCUCCGAGACGCAAUUCUGGCGCACCGUCGACGCUCUGAAGCGUGUCCGCCAGAUGGAAGAAGAAGCAGAACAAAAACGCCUGGAGCACGAGGAAAAUGUGCAGCAACUGACGGAAGAGAUCCAGAAACUCAGCGCCGAUGCGAACGCGCUGAAGUCGAAGGACUCUAACGAUCGGCUGAAGCUGAAAUUGAUGAAGAUGGAGGCGGAGCAGAAGGAGAAGGAGCUGCAGGAGAAGUGGGAACGACUUCAGGAGGCGGAGAAGAGCUUCAAGCACAACCAGGAAGUGGGGGAAGGGCAAUUGAGAGCGUUGCGUCGUCAGCAGCAAGAACAGAUGAACGACCACCAGAGGCAAUGCCAAGAGGAGGCCGAGCGGCUGGCCAUUGAGCGGGCCGAGGAGAAGAAGCUGCAGGAGGGGCUCCGUGUUUUCCAGGAGGCCAAGAUGGCCCGACUUCAGAAGGAGAAGGACAACGUUCGUUGCCUGCUAUACAAUUCCGAACCAGCCAUUGGCAUUGAUCUCGGCACCACUUAUUCGGCGGUGGCCAUCUGCCUUGCCGAUGAAGUCGUCAUGAUUCCGAACGAAUACGUCGGACAGGCCGCCAAGAAUCAGGCCGCCCGAAAUUCUGGGAAUACCAUUUACGAAGUCAAACGCUUGAUGGGCAAGACGUUCAAGGACCCGACGGUGCAGGCGAAUAUGACGAUGCGACCUUUCAAGGUCAUCAACGCCUUUGGGGACCCGGUGAUCGAGGUCAAGCAGGGGGACAAGGUCCAUACCGUAACCCCGGUGGAGGUGUCCACGCAGUUGUUGACCAAGUUGAAGGAAAUGGCCGGUGAAUACCUUGGAAAACCCGUGAAAAAGGCGGUCAUUACGGUACCUGCAUACUUCAACGACGCGCAGCGGCAAGCAACGAAAGAGGCAGCUGAACAGGCCGGUCUCGAGGUGCUGCGACUUUUGAAUGAACCGACAGCUGCUGCCAUUGCUUAUGGUGUCGACUAUCACCUCGACGAGGAGCGGAUCGUCUUGGUCUACGACUUUGGAGGUGGCACUCUCGACAUCUCGAUCGUCAGGAUGACCUCCACCAAGUUCGAGAUCAUGGCCACAAGCGGAAACCCAAACCUCGGUGGCGAGGACAUCAACAAUGCCCUCCUCAACUACUGCCUCUCCGACAUGGAGGACAAGGUCAUCAAGGAAGACAGCCGUGCUUGGGCCCGACUGCGCCUCGCGUGUGAAGAAGCUAAAAUCCAGCUUUCGGCCGCUAAAGAGGCCUGGAUUGAGGUCCCGUCGCUUCUACUCGACUUUGACUACAGCAAGAAGAUCACCCGCGAAUUCUACGAAGGCAUCUGCGCGACGCUUUUUGAAGAAUCCCUACUUCCGGUUGAGCACGCGCUCCGGGACGCUAAGCUUCGAUAUGAUGACGUGCAUGAGGUGGUGUUCGUUGGCGGAUCGAGCAACAUCCCGAAGGUGCAAGAGAUGCUGCUCGAGAAGUUCCCCAAGGCUGGCUGCUGGAUGGACAGACCGGAGGAGAUGGUUGUGUGUGGUGCGGCACUUCAGGCUGCCCGCCUUGUCGGCAACUGCAACGAGACGAUCCGUUGCAUCGACCUCAUCGAUGUCAUCCCGUUGACGAUCGGCUCCGGAAUGUGGGGCGGAGAAACCACCGUCCUCUUCAAGCGCAACACCUCGUUCCCCGUCAAGAAGACGCUGCGCGUACACAACGCAUCCGACUACCAGGAACAGGCCUGUAUCACGGUGGUUGAGGGCGAGCGGUUCGACUACGGUUUGAACAACUUGCUCGGCAAGUUCAUGCUGCCAAUCCGGAAGGCCAAGCAGUGCGAGGUGCAAAUCGACGUGACGUACGAGAUCGACCAGAAUGGAAUUCUGACUGUGGAAGCGGAAGAACUUCUCGAAGGGACACACGAAUCCAUCAAGAUCGACCGGGAGAAGCUUGGAAAGAAAUCGGUGUUCAACAUCUCCCACUAUCUGAAGAACUGGAAGCAGUGCGAGGAAGAGGAUCGGACGUUCCGUAACAAUGUCAGUGCGCUGGUCAAGUAUCGCGACACUGCCCACGGUCUGAUGUGGCUGACGAAUCCUCGGGCCCAACACCUGAGCGUCGAUGGCAAACGACGUAUCAAAGAGCUCGGCAUCGCAGCCUACGAAUGGGUACAGGCCAACCGCUAUCGCCCGGAUGCCGAGGAAUUCCAUCGUCGCACCAUCGAUUUGGAGUUCCAGAUGAAUCAGAUCAUGGGU